AUGGACGACCCCUGGGCCGACGCGCCCCCCUCCCCAUCGCGCGGAACGACCCCCACGGCCCCAUCCACACCGACCUCACCGUCGCUCGUCCAGAGCAGCGCGAGCGUGACUUCGCCCCUGACGUCGCCCAAGGCCGCGGCCAGGUCGACGCCGUCGUCUCCACUCGUGCCCUCGUCCGCAACUGUUGGCAAUGAGGAGGACCCGGGUGAGGACGGGGACGAGGAGGCCACUGAGGAGGCGACCGAGGAGGCGGAACCGAAGGCCAACGGCCAGGACCACGAGGUCGAGGAGGUCGAAGAGCUCGCGCCCGCAGAGGAGGAUUCACAGGACGCAGAGCCAGUCCACGCCGAGAUUGUACCCGCCAUUGAGGAGGAGGUUGCUCGUGAGCCCAAGGCCGACGAGGACAGCAUGGAGCCUGCUGUAGAGCCUGCUGUCGAGACGGCCGGUGAGCCCGUCAUCGAGCCCGUCGUUGAACCUGCUGUCGAUCCCGUCGUUGAGCCCGUCAUCGAGCCCGUCAUCGAGCCCACGCCCGAAACCGAGCAGGCUGAAGCCGACACCCCCGAGUUUGCGACCCCAGAGGACACGACGCCCGCCGAGGAGGUUCCCGAGGCUACCCACGAGCCAGUGCCAGAGCCUGAGCAAGCGCAGGAGCACGACACAACAGCCGCAGAGGUCGCUGUAGCGCCCUCGGAGCGCGCUUUCUCGGACGACAUGGACUUUGAUGCCACCGAGGACGAGGAAGCGGACGAGGCGUUCACAUCUCCCUUCCCAGCGGCGUCUGGGUCCGCCCUCCCUGCCGAGACGGAGCGCGCCGUCGACGCCUUUGAUGAUGACGGGUUCGGCGGUGACGAUGGCUUUGGCGCGGCGCCGGCGGCUGGCGGGGACGACGGCUUUGGCGAUUUCGACAACUUUGACGCCGCAGGACCCAGCGGCGGCUUUGACGAUGACGACGGGUUUGGUGACUUUGGCGACUUUGCAGAGGGCGACGACGCGUUUGCGGCGGCGCCUGUGCAAGAGGAGGUUGUGGCGGGACCGUCUGUGCCCGCCGAGGAGCGAUGGGCUGCACUCGAGCUGCGUCCCGUUCCCCGUGGCCGCGAGCUGUUUGAACGACUCGCGACUGUGCUCGCGCCGAUUGUCCCGGACUCCGAGGCGUUCACGGAUGAAGAGCCACGGGCCGUUGGUGGCCUGUCACAGGUUCUCGCAACAGAGUCCAGCCGUGACGCAUACGCGCAGCUCACGACCGCACCAAUGCUCAAGCCGCUGGACUGGACGCGCAGUCGCGUGAGGAGGGACCACCUUAUCAGCAUGGGCGUCCCAGUCAACCUGGACGAGGUGGACUCUCACCGCCUCUCUGCUCUUCCCCCCUUGCGAAUCACCACCGGGCUCGCAAAUGCUCCUCCUCCCCGCGCCCAGUCUGCCGAUCCAGCAAAGGGCAAGGCGCGCGAGGACGUUGGUGGUAUGGGCUCUGCCCCAGCAUCGGCUGUCCCGAGCAGCAACUUCAACUCUGAGAAUGAGCGCAAGUACGGCUUGGGGCCGAGGCCAGGGCUCGACGUUGCGCGCGCAGAGGACCUGUGUGGUCUCGAAGAAGACCAGUUGGCACUGUACCCGCUCGCGCGGCUCGAGGCCCUCCACGCCGACCUUGUGCGACGUACGGCCGACGCGAGCGGCCUCCUUGCGUGGUUCUUGCAACUCAAGGAUGCGCAGACACACGACCAGGCGACAUAUAACGGCAUGAUCUCGGAACUCAUCGCCAACGCGGCAAAAGUCAAGCAGAGCAGUGGCGGUGGCGGUCUGUUCAGGCGACAGUCGACGCAGACACCAAAGCGUCCCAUGAGCCUCAGCGCGUCCACGACCCCGCGCAGGUCCGCCUCGCCAGCCGCAUUCUAA